GUGUGGGUUUCUCUCAAAGGGUACAACAUGAUCCACUUCACGCCUCUGCAAACUCUGGGAGAGUCCAGGUCCUGUUACUCUCUGGCAGACCAGCUGAACUUUAACCCCGAGUUCAGUCCUGACAGUCAGAGCUACAGCUGGGAAGAUGUGGGGGCUCUGGUGAAGAAGUUAAAGAAAGAAUGGAACAUGCUGUGUAUUACAGAUGUGGUCUAUAAUCAUACUGCUGCUAACAGUGUGUGGAUCAAAGAACAUCCUGAGUGUGGGUACAACCUGGUGAACUCGCCUCACCUGAGACCAGCCUGGGUCUUGGAUAGAGCCAUCUGCCAUUUAACCACCAGAGUAGCAGAGGGACGCUACGAGGCUAAGGGACUUCCAGCUGAUAUUACCAAUGAGCGCCAUCUGAACGCCAUCCGUAGUGUGCUGUGGCAGGACGUGUAUCCUCAGAUCAAGCUGUGGGAGUUCUACCAGCUCAAAGUGGACAACACUGUUGAGCAGUUCAGGAUCCUCCUACUCAAUGGCUCCAAGCAGGACCGGAUUGGGACCGGGAGGAAGCAGGACCUGAGGAUCAUUCAGGACCCAAAUUACCAACGUUUUGGUAGCACAGUGGACCUGGACUCUGCUCUGGAGACCUUUGUACCACACAGCUCCUCCCCACACCACAUCGAGGAGUGCUGUGGUUGGCUGAGACAGAAAUUGAACGAGCUAAAUGAAGAACAGUACAACAUAAUGCGGCAGCAUCAGGAGCAGGCUGCCAACUGUAUUGUGGGAAACGUAGUGUACGAGCGUCUGGCAGAGCACGGCCCCAAGCUUGGUCCUGUGUGCGCGGAAAGUCCUCUAGUUACCAGGUACUUCACCUUCCCCUAUCGGGACAUGACUCUGGAGCAGGAGAUGCAGCUGCUGGACCAGCCAGACAAGACGUGUCAUUUCCUGGCUCACAACGGUUGGGUGAUGGGAGACGAUCCGCUGCGCAACUUUGCCGAACCAGGCUCCCAUGUGUAUGUGCGUCGGGAGCUGGUCUGCUGGGGGGACAGCGUCAAACUCCGCUACGGCAAUGGGCCUGAGGACUGCCCGUACCUGUGGGCCCACAUGCAGAAGUACACGGAAAUCACUGCCACGUAUUUCCAUGGAGUCCGAUUGGACAACUGCCACUCUACACCCCUGCACGUGGCCGAGUACAUGCUGGACGCGGCCCGAACGGCUCGUCCUAACCUGUAUGUCGUGGCUGAACUGUUCACCGGCAGUGAGGACCUGGAUAACGUCUUUGUGACCAAGCUAGGGAUCACUUCGCUCAUACGAGAGGCCAUGUCAGCUGGUGACAGCCACGAGGAGGGCCGGCUGGUCCAUCGUUACGGGGGCGAGCCGGUCGGAGCGUUUGUUCAGCCGAGUCUCCGCCCGCUAAUGCCUGCCAUCGCCCAUGCCAUGUUUCUGGAUGUAACCCAUGACAACGAGUGUCCCAUACAGCUGCGCUCAGCACUGGACUCCCUCCCCAGCGCUGCUAUGGUGUCUAUGGCCUGCUGUGCUACUGGCUCCACCCGAGGAUAUGAUGAGCUAGUGCCACAUCAGAUCUCUGUGGUAAAGGAGGAGCGUUUCUACCCCAAGUGGAACCCCUCGGCUCCGCCCACCUCCGCCGAUGAGGUCGGACUCCAGACGGGCAUCAUAGCUGGGAAAUUGGCCCUCAACAAGCUGCACCAGGAACUGGCAUUGCAGGGAUUCCUACAGGUGUUUGUGGACCAGGUUGAUGCGGAUAUCGUCGCAGUGACUCGACACUGUCCCAGCACCCACCAGUCGGUGGUGGUGGUGUGCAGGACCGCCUUCCAGGACCCCAAAACCCACCAGUAUGACACCAAUGUCCCACCCAUGUUCAUACCUGGGAAGAUUGAGGAAGUGGUUCUGGAGGCCCGGACUGUUGAAAGGCUGGCAGGGAGCUAUAAGAAGGAUGAACACUACAUCAACGGCAUGCCAGAAUACACCGUGGACAUAAAGGAGCAUAUAUCGUUACAGGAGAGUACAAUGGUGAAAAAAGCAGGUGAGACAUCUAAAGGUCCAUCCGAGUAUGUGCAGGAGAUCACCUUUCAAAAGUUGACACCUGGCAGCGUCAUCGCAUUCAGGGUUAGUUUGGACCCCAAGGCCCAGAAAUUGGCGGGGAGGCUGAGGUAUUAUCUGACCCAGUUCAGCCCGAAGUACAGGAAAGGCAGUGUAGCAGAGGACAACCCCCCAGCAGCACUGCGGAAGCCCCUGGCACAGCUGAUGUCCAAGUUGACGUUAGCAGACUUGAACAUCCUGCUGUUCCGCUGUGACGCCGAAGAACAGGAGGAUGGUGGAGGCUGUUACAGCAUCCCAGGAUGGGAGAGCCUCAAAUAUGCUGGACUACAAGGUCUGAUGUCCGUGCUGGCCGAUGUCCGUCCCAACAAUGACCUGGGCCAUCCCGUGUGUGACAACCUGAGGCAGGGGGACUGGCUGAUCGACUUUGUCUCCAGCAGACUGGUGCACAGAGAGGGACCUCUGGCCCAGGUGGGUCAGUGGUUGGCUGCUAUGUUUACCUACUUGAAACACAUCCCACGCUACCUGAUUCCCUGUUACUUUGAUGCCAUCCUGGUGUCAACCUACACUACAGCCCUGGACGCAGCGCACAAACUCAUGUCCAGUUUCAUCCAGAAUGGCUCCAGCUUUGUGCGUUACCUGGCGCUGGGCUCAGUUCAAAUGUGUGGUGUUGGCCGGCUGCCUGCCCUGCCUCCUCUUUCCGCUCGGAUCGAGGACAUUCCCUAUCGCAUCAGUCCAAUCACUGGCCAGAAGGAGCAGUGCUGCGUCUCAUUGGCUGCAGGUCUUCCUCACUUCUCUUCUGGGAUUUUCCGUUGCUGGGGCAGAGACACCUUCAUCGCUCUCAGAGGACUGCUGCUGCUCACUGGGAGACACACAGAGGCUCGUAACAUCCUCCUGGCUUUUGCGGGAACGUUGCGUCACGGUUUGAUCCCCAACCUGCUGGGUGAGGGUCGCUGUGCGAGAUACAACUGCCGUGAUGCUGUGUGGUGGUGGCUGCAGUGCAUCCAGGACUACGCUACCCACGUUCCUCAAGGGCAUGAAAUCCUUCGCUGUCCUGUCACACGCAUGUACCCGACUGAUGACUGUGAACCCAAGACCCCUGGAGAGGUGGAGCAGCCGCUGUAUGAUGUAAUCCAGGAGGCUCUGCAGCGCCACCUAGAGGGAAUUUCCUACAGAGAGAGAAAUGCUGGACCCCAAAUAGACCAGCACAUGAGAGAUGAAGGGUUCCACGUGGUUGCUAAGGUGGAUCCAGCCACUGGUUUCGUGGCUGGAGGAAACCGCUUUAACUGUGGCACGUGGAUGGACAAAAUGGGAGAAAGUGACAGAGCGAAGAACAAAGGCAUGCCUGCUACUCCAAGAGAUGGAGCAGCAGUGGAGAUCGUUGGUCUCAGUAAGUCAGCUGUUCGUUGGGUGCUGGAGCUACACGCCAAAGGACUGUUCCCUUACGAUGGGGCGACAGUCAAGAGAGAGGCUACACAGGUCUUCAUCUCGUACCUCCAGUGGAACCAGCAGCUCCAGCAGUCCUUUGAGGCAGGUUACUGGGUGUCUGGAGACCCUCAGGAUCCCAAUGAAAAGCACCCUGAUCUGGUGCAUAAAAAAGGCAUCUAUAAGGACAGCUACGGCGCCUCCAGCCCCUGGUGUGACUACCAGCUGAGACCCAACUUCACUAUUGCCAUGGUGGUGUCCCCAGAGCUGUUUACGGUGAAGAGAGCCUGGGAGGCUCUUGAGGUGGCUGAGAAGAAACUACUGGGACCACUGGGAAUGAAGACACUUGACCCUGAUGACAUGGUGUACUGCGGUGUCUAUGACAACGCUCUGGACAACGACAACUACAACCUGGCAAAAGGCUUCAACUAUCACCAAGGACCAGAGUGGCUGUGGCCGGUCGGCUACUUCCUGCGUGCUAAACUGUACUUUGCCAAGAAGCUGGGAGAAGAGACCUACGCUGAAACGGUCACCAUGGUGAAAAACGUUCUGUCGCGGCAUUACACCCACAUGGAGAGGUCUCCAUGGAAGGGCCUCCCGGAGCUCACCAAUGAGAAUGGCCAGUUCUGCCCAUUCAGCUGUGAGACCCAGGCCUGGUCCCUGGCCACUGUGCUGGAGGUCCUCUAUGACCUCUAAAUCACUUCCUGCUUCGCUGAAGAGAAGGUCACCUCGAACCCACUGCUGGCUUCUUAGUAGAAACAAACCGAACCACAUGACCUGUUGUGAAGUUCAAUGCUUUUGAUUGAUCGUGAUUCCAAGGUUUCAAACCACCUUAUUUACAGUAAACAGAAGUUUUCCUUCCCUUUCUUUCCUCCUUUCCUGCUCCCAGGCCGUUCAUUUGAACAUUGCCCGGCCUGCCUUUGAGUAUCCUCUGAGGUCGGCCGUCCCAGUCACCUCUGACCUCAUGCACUGUAAUGACAGCACUGCAGUCACGUCCUCACAGAGACAACAUGGGAAUGUCUGCAAGUUUAAGGUGCUAAAUUCCAAAUUCAGGUGCGCUAAAGUUAUGUGGAGAUGUGGAGGACUAAUGUCUACCUGAGCACAGGAAGACGUGUGCGUUGGAACACGAGGUUCCCUCAGCCCUGAUUAUGCGGUGAAUUCGGAAUCCAGCACCCGUAAUUAUUUAAUUUGCCCUUUAACUGCCUUGUCGGUGGCCUAUUUGAGCUCACACAGAAACCUCUUUCACAGAUAAAUGGUGCAUACUUCCAUUAUAAGCCAUCAUUUAGAAGCAGGAGCAGGUCCUGAGCUGAUGUGGUGAACGUCUUCUUCCACGUCAACAAUCCACACACCCUUCAGGUAGAGAACAAAGCAUUUGUCUGAGAACGUGUAUCUUUGGACAACAGGACCGUUUGUUCCCAGUCAAAUGAGCUGGACGUUCAUAGACUUUGUACUGUGUUACUGAGUAAUUACAAAUGCACAGAACGGUCAGAACAAUCAAUCCGUCCGUCGCUGAAGUGCGAAUUGUUUUUAAACCUUUCAGAAUAAUGUCGUAUGAAAAUAGUAAUUAACUAAAUGAAACUGACCCCAGUCACCACAAAUUGAUUUAUUGUACAAAUGUAUCCUACCUAACUGAUAACUAGCUUCUUUUAACCAGAACCCAUCCAGGUCAUUUUGGUUUGCUCAACCUUGAAAGAAGUUUAUUUUAACAAAGGCAACAAUGGAAACGGACGUAGAUGGUCGUCGUCAGAGUGCAGAGCCACUGACCGGGCUGUUGAAUUUGAUACGUUGUGUUUUUGUCUGUCAUUACACACUUUGACCCUGAGCUACAACUACGAGGCACGAGCUGCAGCACCACUGUCUAAAUGCGCUGCUCAGGGAGAAGAGCAGAGUCUUUAUACACACAGCUGUCUGGCACACGGUCCACGUCUUCCCUACAAGCCUUACCAUGCUGUUCAACAAUAUACAAUUCAAGUGUGUAUUAAUGUUACAACAGCGACUUUUGAGUUGUUUUUGUGUUUCCAUUUAACCGUGCUGUAGCUGACACGGCAUUUCUCUCACAAAGUAGAACUAUAGUGAGUAGAAACACAAUAGGAGAUACACAACGUGAGGGUUAAGUCGUGCUAAGAGAGGUCACUGUGUGUACUUUUUCACUUGUGUCUUGGACCCCCCCCCCCCCCCGCUGGGGGGGAUUGAUCAACUUAAAUCCUAAUCAAAUUACCAUUUUCCCAUAAUGAAAUAAUUGAAGUAGUAGAAGAGGACAACGCACGGUGAAGUAAAACCGUAUGUGUUAAAGGAUCUAAUGGAUAAAUAAAGGACUAACCCUCCCACUGUGAGAUGCAUGUGUACCUGCCGUGUCAUCAGUGUGUCUAAUGUUGUUUGUGUAUUGUGCUGAAUAAACUGUUACAUCACA